CGCGAAAGUCAAAGCAUUUGUCGCGCUGUGAGUUCGUGUGUCCGAUUUCCUAACAUUCACGUGAAGAUGGCCGAGCCGAACGUAUCGGAAAACGUAGGUCCUUCCCUGGACACUCUGUUUGAGUUGGAUCCCCGUCUUAAACCGUACGAAACCGACUUCCGGAGGAGGUACGGGCUCUUUCAGAAGCGGCUGACGCAGCUGGAGGAGGCGGAGGGCGGCUUUGACCAGUUCUCACGCAGCUACCAGACGUACGGGGUGCGGCGCCUCCCGAACAACGGGCUCUCCUUCAAGGAGUGGGCGCCGGGAGCCGAGGCGCUCUUCCUGACCGGAGACUUCAAUAACUGGGACCCUACCUCACACCCCUACACCAAGAAAGAGCAUGGGAAGUGGGAACUGUACCUCCCGCCGAAAAAGGACAAGUCUCCAGCCGUCCCACACGAGUCCAAGCUGAAGGUGGUGGUCCAAACGCAGGAGGGGGAAAGCCUGUUCCGAAUCUCACCAUGGGCCAAGUACGUCACCAAGAGGCUGGACUCCAACACCUACGACUGGAUCCACUGGGAUCCUCUGUACCCCUACCUGCACAAACACGCGCGCCCCAAGAGACCUAGGAGCCCCCGCAUCUACGAGGCGCACGUGGGCAUCGCCUCCCCCGAGGGCAAGAUCGCCUCCUACAACAACUUCACCUCCUGCGUGCUGCCUCGAAUCCGAGACGCAGGCUACAACUGCAUCCAGCUGAUGGCGGUGAUGGAGCAUGCUUACUACGCCAGCUUCGGCUACCAGGUCACCAACUUCUUCGCCGCGUCCAGUCGUUUCGGGACCCCGGAGGAGCUGAAGCGGCUGAUCGACGUGGCGCACUCCCUGGGCAUCGUGGUCCUGCUGGACGUGGUGCACAGCCACGCCUCCAGCAACACGGAGGACGGCCUGAACCAAUUCGACGGCACGGACGCCUGCUUCUUCCACGCUGCCGCCCGCGGGGUGCACGCCCAGUGGGGCAGCCGCCUCUUCAACUACUCCAGCUGGGAGGUAAAGCGUUUCCUCUUGUCCAACCUCCGCUGGUGGAUGGAGGAAUAUCGCUUCGAUGGCUUCCGGUUCGAUGGCAUCACCUCCAUGCUCUACCACCACCACGGCAUCGGUGAGACCUUCACAGGGAAGCUCUCCGAGUACUUUGGCUUGCAGGUGGACGAGGACUGCCUGGUGCACCUGAUGGUGACCAAUCACCUCCUGCACACACUUUACCCGGACAGCAUCACAAUCGCAGAGGAUGUGUCGGGCAUGCCGGGGUUGUGCCGGGCGAUCACGGAGGGAGGGUGCGGCUUCGACUACCGGCUGGCGAUGGCCAUACCGGAUAAGUGGAUCCAGAUCCUGAAGGAGUACAGGGACGAAGACUGGAACAUCAGCGACAUCAUCCGCACUCUGACCAAUAGGAGGAAGGGCGAGCCCUCUAUCGCCUACGCAGAGAGCCACGACCAGGCUCUGGUGGGGGACAAAUCGCUGGCCUUCUGGCUCAUGGACAAGGAGAUGUACACCAACAUGAGCAGCCUGGAGCCCAUGACCGCCGUCAUCGACCGCGGCAUCCAGCUCCACAAGAUGAUCCGGCUGCUCACCCACACCCUGGGCGGGGAGGCCUACCUCAACUUCAUGGGGAAUGAGUUUGGCCACCCGGAGUGGCUGGACUUCCCCAGGAAAGGUAACGAGGAGAGCUACCUGUACGCCCGGCGCCAGUACAACCUGGUGGACCUGGAGCACCUGCGCUACCGGCAGCUGUUCGCCUUCGACCGCGACAUGAACAGCACCGAGGACAAGUACGGCUGGCUGUCCUCCGCUCCGGGCGUUGUCACCACUAAGCACGAGGGAGACAAGGUGAUCGUCUUUGAGCGAGCCAACGUGGUCUUCAUCUUCAACUUCCACCCAACCGUGAGCUACAAGAACUACAGAGUGGCAGUGGGGUCUCCAGGAAAAUACACCAUUAAGCUGGACUCAGACGACCUGCAGUAUGGGGGCCACGGCCGGCUGGAGCACAGCACUGAGUUCUUCACCGAGACGGUGCACUUCAAGAGCUUCCCCAACUCCAUGCUGGUGUACCUGCCCUGUAGAACAGCCCUUGUACUGGCCAAUGAAGAGCUUGAUUACUGCUAUUAAAGGCGGUGGCUUCGUGGAGCUGAGGAUCCUGGGAAACAUGAAGAGCAGCAGUGUGCUGUGAAGAUUAUCAAGUGGAGAGCCUGGUGGCUAAGAAGGCAGCCUCUAUAAAUGUCACUCAGCAUCACCCCGCCCACUCCCCGCCCCACCCACUCAGUGAGCACUUUAUUAGGUAUUUAUUAGACUUUUCUGCUACUGUAGCCUCUCCACUUAGAGUUAAUGGUGCGUUGUGUGUUCAGAGAUGCUCUUCUGCAUACCACUGUUGUAAUGCGUGGUUAUUUGUGUUACUGUCACCUUCCUGUCAGCUUUGACCAGUCUGGCCCUUCUCCUCUGACCUCUCAUUAAUAAGUUUUUGCCUGCAGAACUGCUGCUGACUAGAUGUUUUUUCUUUUUCGCACCAUUCUCUGCAAACUCUAGAGACUGUUGUGCUUGAAAAUCACAGAAGAUCAGGAGUUUAUGAGAUACUCAAACCACCCUGUCUGGCACCAACAAUCAUUCCACAGUCAAAGUCACUUAGAUCCCAUUUCUUCCCCAUUCUGACAUUUGGUCUGAGCAACAGCUGAACCUCCUGACCAUGCCUGCAUGCUUUUAUGCAUUUAGUUCCUGCCACAUGAUUGGCUGAUUAAAUAUUGCAUUAACAAGCUGGUGUACAGGUCUGCCUAAUAAAUUGCUCACUGAGUGUAUAUGCUAUAUUUGAAAGUGGCCAUACUUUCUGUGUUUGCCCAUAUACUGUGAAGUGUCAUAUAUUCUUCAGUAUAUUUCAUUUGUGUAAAAGAUUCUUCUAACUGUAAUGCUGUGUCCCAAAUAUGCUUUUGCAGUGUUUCUUUCUUCCUUUUGUGUGCCUCUCUCUCACUUGACAGAGCAUAGAAUUUGAGUAUCUCCGUCUCUGAAAUUACUUCUCUGGAGCAAGUGAUCCUAGACCAAUAUGUGAAACAACUGUCACAUUCAUGUAUAUUAGGAACUAGCCUUAACACUGUUUUAUUUAGUAGAGAAAGUGUGUAUAAUUCCCGUAGGAAAGGUCUUGAAAUGUAUGAUGUAAGCAUGUCCAAUAGUGUGGUUUUUGUCUGUUUUUAGAAAAGACAGGCACAUUUUUGAAGGAUUACAUUAACACAUGCUACAUUUAUUUAGUUUAUUCAUUUUUGAAGCAAUAUCUGAAUAGUUGAGUCAUCUUCACAAGUCUUUCUAUGAAAGUAGAAUAAUUGAAAAUAAAAUAUGACAAAUGAUAGUA